GCCCGUACAUGCCCAUUAAAGCAGGUUCCUAAUUAGGGUAGUUUUAGAGGUUUUAAAUAAUUAAUUUGUUGAGUUAUUAACCUGUAAAGUGCAGAUUUGGUGUGUUGCGAUACGACUCGCAUGCAAAUACGACUCGCUUGUCAAGUACGUUACUCCGUAGGAGUGUCUGUGAUAUCGUUCGCCAUCAUCGCCCCAUUCUGAUAUAGCCCCUACCCGAAUGCCGCCUCCCGCACGAGGCUGGUCGCUUGGGUUUUGCCACCCCUACUAUACGACUUCAACGUAUAGGGAUAGAUAUGCCCUUGGACUGUUGGACACAAAGUUCUGAGCGUCCAUCACUGCUUUUACCCCCUCCGUCAUCCCACAAACAUCCCAUGGGAAACUCGAGCAUUGUCCCGCCCAACGCCUUCCUUCACAGCGACCCGUUGACGGCACAGCAGGGAGAGCCCCAGCUCUGUCGUCCCAACCAUGGUGGCCGCCAUGAGCGGCGGCUAUAUCACUCGCGCGACGAACACGAGCGCCAUCAUCGCGUGCAUGGUCGUUGCCAUCGCCUUUGUCCUCACCCGCAUCCUCGUGCGCUGGAAGGCUGGCCACGGCUUUGGCCUCGACGACUACUUCUGCUGGGCGGCGCUCAUCUUCUACCUCGCCUACUCGGGCCUCAACUUCUCCAUUUUCCCCAAGAUCUACAUGUUCCAGGGCAUCAUGGAUGGCAAGAUGCAGCGGCCGCCAGACUUCGCGCAGCAGUACACGAAGAUGCUGCGGAGCGUCCUCGCCACCAACAUCAUGUUUUUGACGACGCUGUGGUGCGUCAAGAUCAGCCUGCUGCUCAUGUUCAGGAGGCUGAUAGAGCGCGUGAGGUCGAUCUACGCAAGGUUUUGGUACGGGGUUCUCAUAUUCACCGUGGUCGUAUAUAUCAUUGCCGUCGUCUCGGGGCUUGUUUCCUGCGGGCCAAUGCAUAACUACAACAUCGUGGGGAAGUGUGCCACCAAAGAGUUUGCGCAGCUGCGAUCGUGGUCUCUCUACUUUUGCAUGGCCAGCGACGUGACCACCGACCUCCUAAUCAUGUCGAUCCCCAUCUCCCUUAUCUGGAACCUACAGAUGAACCUCCUCCAAAAAAUCGGCACUGGCAUUUCCUUCUGCGCCGGCUUUACCACCAUCAUCGUGGCCUUCAUCCGCGCCUUCACGCUGCACGCCAACAAGAGCUCGCAGAUCAACAUCUCGUGGCUAGCCUUCUGGGCCACCAUCGAGGGCUGCAUCGCCAUCUGCGUGAACUGCAUCCCGGCCUUUGCCUUCCUCGUGCGCAACAAGAUCCACCACUCGCGCGACCGAAAGGCUGCUAACAACAACUUGGCGGAAUAUGGUCAGAUGGGGUCGGGCUCGCGGCCCAAGGCCGAUGGCGACGACGGCGGGGUCUUGAUGACGCCGAUGGGGCGGGGCGAGCAGGGCGCGCCGGGGGACGCGCAUAGAGCGGGGAGGUAUGUGGCAAAUGUGAGCGUGGGGGGCGUGAGGCGGAUGGAGGACGUUGUGGACAAUAGCUCCCAGGAGAGCAUUAUCGGGGCUGCGCGGGACGUGGACGGAGUCCACGUUACGAGGACGAUCCGGAUAUCCUAAUUAAAGCUUUCAUUAGGGGCUCCAUUUCAGUAUUGUUAAUAAGGCUAGGAACCCACUGUUGCUUGGCCUAUGUGGGUGUUAGUAUAGUGCAUUUCGCGGUGACUAUAAUUUAGAGGUAUUAUGACAUAAAUUGUAUGUAAAGGUAACGUGCAUGUAUAACGAAAGUGCCAAACAAGCGAAAGUGCCAAAAUCAUGCGGUGACCAACCCCCCCAACUAAAUGUUAAAUUCCUCCACAACAAAACAUGCG